AUGGCUAAUCAAACACGCCCCAUUCGCAUUGCAGGUGCCUCGGGCUCUGCCUCAGACCGGCGUCAGGCUAUGGCGGAGUUUGCGCGUAACCACCCAACGGACCCUAUCGAUGUCAUUAUUGCGGACUUCAUGAGUGAAUUCAACAUGGCGACCUCUGCGGGGCGCCGCGUGGACCAGGCGACAGGGGGAACAGCUCCCGCUUAUGAACUUUCUUUCCUGGAAGCUCUGGAACCAGCCCUUGAUGAUCUGGCUAAGCAUGGGAUCAAACUGGCUGUAAAUGCUGGUGUGACAGACACAGAAGGUCUCUACCAGGUGGUGACGCGUAUGGUUCAAGCAAAGAAACUCAAUUUGAAGGUUGCGUGGGUUUCUGGGGACGAAGUGCUUUCAACCGUGCAAAAGGGAUUGGCCUCUGGGACUGAAUUCCAUAAUGUCUACACUGGCGAGCGAUUGGCAGAUUGGUCUUUCGAGCCUAUCUAUGCCCAGUGCUACCUUGGUGGACUUGGAAUCGCAGCCGCAUUAGCAGAUGGUGCAGAUAUUGUACUCUGCGGCCGGGUAUCAGAUGCCUCGCCUGUUAUUGGAGCUGCUUAUUGGUAUCAUGGCUGGGGACGCGAUGAGCUCGAUAAGCUCGCCAACGCCUUUGUGGCGGGUCAUCUCAUUGAGUGUAGCAACUAUGUCUGCGGCGGGAACUUCACAGGUUUCAAAGAGCUGGAGCAUACCGGCGAGGGUUGGGCAAACAUUGGAUAUCCCAUCGCCGAGAUAUCUGCCGAAGGCCAGGUGGUGAUCACCAAGCAGGCGCAUGCAACUGGCGGUGCGGUGACCGUUGAUACCUGCACGUCACAACUGCUGUAUGAGAUUCAAGGACCCUGGUAUUACAACUCAGACGUCACUGCGGUUCUCGACGGGGUCCACUUCUCGCAGCAAGGUGCUAACCGUGUUGCUGUCCACGGGGUCCAAUCUGGCCCUCCUCCACCUACCACCAAGGUAGGUAUCACUGCGAGAGGGGGGUUCCAGGCAGAGGCGUGGUGGUUCUUGGUCGGCCUUGACAUUGAGGCCAAGGCACGCAUGAUGGAAGCACAGAUCCGUCGAUCAUUGUCUCCAUUCUCCGACCGAUUCACGUCUCUCAACUUCGACCUGCUUGGCACGUCUGCCUCUGACGCUCGGGAUCAAAACCGAGCCACCGUUCCACUGCGUAUCGUCGCACAAGCACGAAGGGAAGAGGACCUUGCCCCCACGCGCUUCAUGAAACCGAUUUUCGAUAAUAUCAUGCAGGGGUAUCCCGGUGCGACCGUUCAUCUGGAUAUCCGCCAGGGCGUCCCACGGGCGUUGUUCGAGUACUAUGUUAGCUUGAUCCCCCAGUCUGCUGUACAGCACCGUGUACACAUGCCCUGGAAGCCAGCGGGCGCGCAGACAGUAGAUAUUACACCGCCUCCCCAGACCAAGACAUAUCCAUCCCGACAACCCUCACAGCCCUCCACCCACGUGGAUAGCCCUAUUGACCUAGCUCACGACUUCGGUCCCACAACCCGUGGUCCGUUAGGCUGGAUAGUCCAUGCCCGGUCGGGAGACAAGGGAGCCGAUGCCAACUGCGGGUUCUGGGUACGGCACCGUGACGAGUACCAAUGGCUGCGGGCGCUGCUGUCUAUUGCGACGGCGCAGGAGUUGCUAGGGGAUACCGGGCGGCAAAACCCACAGUUGGCCAUUGAGCGGUUCGAACUGCCCAGCUUACAUGGAGUGCAUUUCCUCUUCCGCAACCUAUUGGAUCGUGGAGUGGGCGUUACGACCACCGUUGACUUUUUAGGGAAGAAUGUGGCGGAAUAUCUGCGGGCGCGGCACGUUGAUCUUCCCGUGCGGUUCUUAAACCGCGGAAAGUUGUAG